AUGCCGUCAGCCGAGUCGCCGUCAGUUCCUGCCGUCAGUACGUCGUCACCGACGCCACGACUUCAGCGCUUACCGAUGCUGGUCAUCGGAAUCAGCGCCACGACGUUAGCUGUUGCCGAUGCUGGUCAUCGACAUCAGCGCCACGACAUCAGCCGUGCCGACUUCAGUUCUCGCCAACGUCAGUUCUUGCCGCCGACAUCAUCACAACUUUCUGCAUCGACCCGUAGUGGGGAUUGGGUUAAGAUCAUACCCCGGCGUUGA